AGUAAAAAUCUUGUUUCGUUCUGUUCUGUCAUUUUCCCAUUGACAUGAGACAUAAGAAAUACUUUAACGACAGGUACAUCGUUUUAUAUUCGCGUCUAGGUUGGAGCAGUGAAUUUCAAUAUUCUCCACAACUUCCUUCACAUUUUGCUACAUCAGAUAAGUUUGCAAUCGACCAAAGUCGAGUAUCGAGGUGAGGAUGCUAAUCGUAUCAAGGUAAAACAGUACAUUCCUCCAUUGCAAAUGAUUUUAUUUAAUCCACGCCUGCGCGAGCUUAGUUCAUCCGUAUUGACGGGAGAAAUUCAUAAAAUCAAAUUCUAUAACGAGCUUGCGAUGUAGCUCACGCACGUAAAUAAAAAAUAGCAAUAUUCAACAAUUUUAUAUUUGUAGACGUUAGUUAGCUCGCUAAAAGCAGGGCCGACGCUUUAUCUCCAAGAGUACAAUAUCAUCGGCGAAUCCGGAAACGUACAAGAAAGUGUUCGCCCUGGCGAUACCAUGAACAUUCAAGUGGAUGUGGUAAUUGAAGACAAACCUGAAUCGUCCGCGGAUUUGAAAAGGACUAAGGGUACCAGGCAAAAGAUUGGUUCUGGCGCGGAAGGCGAAAGCGAAACUGUUAUAUUCGUUGAACCGAUCGUCGAUGGCGUAGCUCCCACUGCACUAGGGUUUAAACGACUCGAGCAAACUGUAAAUGAACUUCAACAACGGUUUCAAGCGCUGGAAGAGUUAGCCACAACCCCUGAACUUAUCGAACGACUGAAGGGUAAGAUCACUGACCCCGUAACCGAUGUCUGGCAAGUUAUCAACAUCACCAAAAGACUGGACGCUAGUGAACAAGGUAUUGAUAAGGUAUAACUUGAUUACUGUGACUGUUAUUUAAUCUGACAAUGGAAAUAUCGAUCGCUCAAUGAAAUUUUUUACUCACUAUGCAAUUUUUAAUUUAUACGAUACAUUUUUCUUUAUGGAAAUCAUGAAAUAUGCAGAAUGUCUCAACUAAAUGUAUAGGACAAAACUAUAGGAAUUCAUUAAAAAA